CAAUAAGCCUAUUGAAUUGCUACUGAGAUGCAAAAUACAUGCUAAAUCUAAUGUCUUUGAGACUGGGAAAAGGAGUUCCCUGAAGCUGCAGAUUUCAGUUUGUUUCAAGAUGGUCCUAUUGGAAAGACACUACAAGCAAGUAAAUCGGGGGAAAUUGGGGACAUACUCACUGUUUCAUCUGCUUCCAAAUGAGUAUUAAGAACUGGAAUCUUUUGACUUCUUUAUACUCCCUGUGUUAGUAGCUUUCAGAAUCUAGUUCUAGCUUUAUUUUUAUUUUUGUUUUCCUUCCUCCAGUGGGAGCAAAGAAGGAAAACAGCCUUGGAAGUCUCCCAGGGCAACCGUCAACUCCUCUGCGGACGUUUGCCUCCAGCCCAAGGAGGAGGAACGUUCUGGUCUGAGCCUUAUGCGCAGGCGCCUCAGGCCUUCUCCCACCCAGGUGGGGUGGGUUUGGGGUUUGGGGUUUGGGGUUUGGUGCUGACAAGGCGGGGGUCUGGAGAUUCCAGGCCGCUUUGUAAGGAGACACAACCAGGUAAGCCUUGCCCCAGGUCCCAGCAGGGCACCUAGAGACCAUGAAGGAAGCCAUAGAGAAUGUGGAGACGGAGGUGACUGUAUCCAGCAGAAGGACUUCUAAGGACGAGGAAGUUGAGACUUUAGGAAAUCGCAAGAAUAUUUCCCCAUACCUGACAAUGUUGCCAAAGGCCUUUAUGAAGUUUCACAGAGCUCCUCGGAAGAAAACGGCGAAAUCUCCUCCCCCAAAAUCACCAGACUCGGAUCAUGUCAAGGAAGGGCCCUGUGGCAUUGGUUGUAUCGUUGUCCCCUGCUGUGAGCGUUUUAACAGCAUUCGCUGCUUCCUGUUUUUCUUCUGCAUGCUGCUCUUCACUCAAGGUAUUAUUUUUGGUCUUAUAGACGUGAGCGCUGACAGUUUUCAAGAGCACUACACUCUGAGAAUCAUGCAGAAAUUAGCCUUGAAACUCAGUUAUGGUGUUUCCUCUUGCAUGGUAGCAAUAUUUGUAGCAUAUUAUGGAACAAGAGGAAACAGACCAAGAUGGGUUGCACUGUCCUCCUUUUUAAUAGGAGUUGCAUCAUUUUUACUUGCUUAUCCAUACUUGAGUGAUGAAAAUCUUCAUUUAGAGGAAGAAGUUUCAGAUAUUUGCAAUCCAAUGAAGAUUCUGGAAGCUUGCACCAGAUCCGAAUCAUUCCAAUCAAAAUAUGUAUAUUUCUCCACCUUCGGGCAGAUUGUGCUGGGAGUAGCAGGAGUGCCUCUUUAUAUCCUUGGAAUUACCUUCCUUGACGACAGUGUUCCUUUGCACUCCUCUGGCUUCUAUUUAGGUUUUGGGGAUGCUUCAUCAACACUGGGAUAUGGUGUGGGUCAUGUAAUGGGAGCACCACUACUUAGGGCCCCUAAGAAUCACAGCUUGCACGAAAGCAUUGCGGAAGAUGACAGUGAUAGAAAAUGGCAGUUUAUUUGGUGGAUUGAUUUUUUUGGUGCCGGUCUUCUUGCAUGGUCUGCUGUAAUACCAUUGUUAUGCUUUCCACAUGACAUACCAGGUACAGCAAAAAUAAAAGCUAUAAAACGUAAACAACAGACUCAUUUGUUUGGUGACAAGCUUAAAAAUAAGAAAUUUGGACCUGGUAUUAAGGACUUGUUUGCUGCUAUUGGGAUCCUACUGAAGAAUCCAGUGUUUUUAUGCAAAGCUGUGUCCAAAGCCUCAGAAUUCUUAGUUUUGAUUGGAGCUUCUGAAUUUAUACCUAUAUAUUUAGAAAAUCAGUUCAUAAUAACAGCCAGGAUGGCAGCAACACUUACAGGUGUUAUAUUAAUUCCAGGAUGUGCACUUGGCCAGCUUCUGGGAGGUAUCAUUGUGUCCAAGUUACAAAUGUCUUGUAAAGCCCUUAUGAGAUUUAUCAUCAUUACAUCUCUUUUGUCAAUUAUAUUUCUUGUACUUAUAAUUUUUGUACACUGCCAUCCAGUCCAAUUUGCUGGAAUCAACGAAGAUUAUGAUGGAACAGGUCAGUUGGGAAACCUCACAGCUCCAUGCAAUGAAAAUUGUAGAUGCUCAUCUUCAUUAUAUUCUUCUGUCUGUGGAAGAGAUGAUAUUGAAUAUUUUUCUCCCUGCUUUGCAGGCUGUACUGAUUCUAAAAUGUUUAAAAACAGAAAGGCAUACUACAAUUGUUCUUGCAUUAAAGCGGGAUUAAUAACUCCAGAUGUAGAAGGUGAUUUUAUUGAUGCCAGGCCUGGGAAAUGUGACACCAAGUGUCAUACAUUACCUGUGUUUUUCGCUUUGGUUUUUUCUGCAGUUGUUUUUGCUAGUUUUUCUCAUGUGCCACUUACGCUAAUCAUCUUCCGGGUUGUACCAGGGAAGCUCCAUUCUUUGGCCUUGGGUAUAUCGUAUGUCAUUUUAAGAUUACUUGGAACAAUUCCUGGACCAGUCAUUUUUAAAAUGGUAGGAGAAACUUCUUGUACCUUUCGGGAUAUUAAUCAUUGUGGACGCAAAGGACGUUGUUGGAUCUAUAACAGGACAAAAAUGGCCUACCUACUGGUAGGAAUAUGUUUUUUGUGCAAAGUAUUCACUAUCUGCUUAACUACUAUUGGAUUUUACUUUUUCAAGUAUUUUAAAAAGGAAAAUGCUGAAGUUGUCCAGCCUAUACCUGUGAAAUAUAUAAACCCUAAAAAAGCAGGAAAGGAAUAACUUGUAACUGGAUCUUCACUCAGGAUUGCUAAUAUCUGAGGCUCAGCGUGUGAAAACAGGAGUUUCUCCUUUAAAGAAUCUACACAAUUUGCUGCUGUGCCCUAUUCUCAGAAGAGAAAAAUCACACAUGAUAUUUAUCUAGUUGGAUAAAAGGAUUUAUGAUGAUUUGUAUUUUCAUAAUAAAGUAACUUCUUGUGAAACA